UUUUUCAUAACAGGUCGUGUCAGUGAUGAUCGAUUUAGGGUACAUAUGAUAUUUUUUCAGAAUUAAUCGGGAUAAUUUUCUGGAUAUUUAUUUCAUUGUAAAUUUUAUUUCACUUGGAAAAUUUUUUAAAAACCGUGAGAAUGUCAUUGAAAAUUUUAGUUGGUUGCAAACGAGUCAUUGAUUAUGCAGUCAAGAUUCGAAUUCGUCCGGACAAUAAAGGAGUAGUUACACAAGGUGUCAAACAUUCAUUGAAUCCAUUCGAUGAAAUAGCUGUAGAAGAGGCAGUUCGAAUGAAAGAAAAAAAAAUGGCCAAAGAAAUUUUGGCCGUUUCAAUUGGACCACAAGCGUCACAGGAUACACUACGUACAGCUUUGGCAAUGGGCUGUGAUAAAGCCUUACAUGUUAAUGUGGAUGAAAAAAGUGCUGAAACAUUGUUGCCAGUUCAGGUAUCAAAAAUUCUGGCAAAAAUUGCCGAACAAGAAAAAGUUGAAAUGGUGAUUCUGGGUAAACAGGCCAUCGAUGAUGAUUGUAAUGCGACAGCACAGAUGACAGCAGCUCAUUUGAAUUGGCCACAGGCGACGAAUGCAUCUAAAAUAGAAAGUAAAGAUGACAAAACAGUUUUAGUUACCCGUGAAAUUGAUGGUGGUCUGGAAGAAAUUGAAUAUAAAUUGCCUAUCGUGAUUAGUGCUGAUCUUCGUUUGAAUGAACCACGAUACGCUACACUGCCCAAUAUUAUGAAAGCAAAAAAGAAACCGAUUGAUAAAAAAACACCUAGCGAUUUAGGUGUUGAUAUUACACCGAAAAUGGAAAUUCUAUCCGUACAGGAGCCAGCAAAACGUGAAGCUGGUACCAAAGUUGCCGACGUUGACGAAUUGCUGACCAAACUUAAAGAAGCUGGUCGAAUCUAGAUCAUAUGAAUGAAAUAAAAAAAAAUUUUUAUCAUCAAAGUAUUUAAUUUUUUUAUCAUUUGUUGGAAAAAAAAUUUUACCAUUGUUUUUUUAAAAUAUUAGAAUCUUGUUUUCUAUCAUUAUCAAAUUCGAAUCGACUUUAUUUUCCAACAUCAGAUGGCGUAGCUUUCGUCCGAAAUUAAAUUCGAAUCUAUAGAUUUUA